AUGGAUCUUCUCCGAAAGCUGUCCGGGCAGUCGGCCGCCACGAGUGACCCGCUUCCAUCGCACCCGUACUCUCCUCCUAGUAUUGCGAUCCCCAAUUUCGUCCCCAACGAUAAAGACACUGCAGAACUGCUCAUCAGCUUCUCGGCAAUAUGGAUACCGAUAUUUGGGGUUGCGUGGUGGAUGGCAUCAAGAUACAACCCUUCUCUGAAGAGCUUGGACAAAAUCAUUCUGCUGUGGUUCGUAUUGUGUGGCUGCCUUCAUGUCUUCUUUGAGGGCUAUUUCGUGAGCACCCAUAGUCACAUAGGUCAGAUGCAGGACCUGUUCGGCCAGCUGUGGAAGGAGUACGCUCGAUCGGAUUCAAGGUAUCUGACAUCAGAUAUAUUCGUCCUCUCUGCGGAAGGCAUGAGCGUGGCCAUUCUGGGAGGGCUGUCCUGGCUCAUGGUCUACUUUAUUGGAACAUCGAGCCCCUACAGGCACCCUGUUCAGAUAAUGCUCUGUAUGGGCCAUGUCUAUUCCGAUCUGCUCUACUACGCAACGGCAACCCUGGACCAGUACUGGCGAGGCGUCAAUCACUGCCGACCUGAGGCUUACUACUUCUGGGUGUACUUCUUCGGCAUGAAUUUCAUCUGGAUAGUCGUGCCCACUCUCCUACUCUUUCAGAGCGUGUUUGUCGUUGCGAAGGCUUUAAGUGCCUUGGAUCGCAUGGCUCAGUCUAUGCACUCCAACGGUCACAUUUCGAAAAACCCUCUCGGGCCUAGUAGUGUCAAACCCUAG